AUGUCGGAGCUCCCUCCGGUGAGGACGACCUCGCCUGCUGGCUCGUCGACGGGUCCAACGGCCUCCUCUCCACGUGCGCUGGACGACAUCUCGCUUGACAGCUUUGAAGUCCACGGCAUGCUCGGUGAGGGCCAGUUUGGCCGAGUGAUGAUGGUGACGCGGCGAGCGAACCGGCAGCUCUACGCGAUGAAGUGCGUGCUUAAAGAGAAGCUGCUGCGGCAGGGCCAGCAGUCCGUCGCUCAGGCGCUCUCCGAGAAGCGCGUGCUCGAGCACAUGGCGUCGCGGCCGCACCCGUUUGUGGUGUCGCUGCAGUUCGCGUUCCAGGACGUGGACCACCUCUACCUGGUGAUGGACUACGUGGGCGGUGGCGACAUGUUCACGCUGCUCGAGCAGCAGGGCUCCUUCCCCGAGGAGUGGGCGCGCGUGUACGCCGGAGAGAUAGUGCUCGCGCUCGAGCACGUCCACGGCUCGGGCGUGGUGUACCGCGACCUCAAGCCGGAGAACGUGAUGGUUGGCAUCGACGGGCACCUCAAGCUGACAGACUUUGGCAUGUCCAAGGAGACGGGCGGCGAGGGCGAGUCCGCCUUCCGCGACGAGAGUCUGCACGUGAUGAUGCGUCGCAUCACCCGCGAGGAGGUCCGGCUCCCGCCCAGCUGCAGCCCCGAGGCCGACAGCCUUGUCUCGCGACUCCUCGCCAAGCAGCCCUCCUCCCGCCUCGGCUCGACGGCGCCGCAGCCCGCCGGAGCGGCCGACCCGGGCGGCGGAGGAGGAGGCGGCGGUGCGACCGGCGGUCCCGCGGCGGUCAAGGCGCACCCGUUCUUCGACGGGCUCAGCUGGGACGCCCUCCUCGCCAAGCAGAUCCCCGCGCCGUGCGUGCUCUCCGUCGCCCGGGACCGCGACGGCUCUCCGGUCGCGCCGGACGGAGCGAGCAACGGCUCGCCGACGGGCGGCGCUAACUACCUCCUCUCCCUCGAGAUCACGCCCGACGGCACGAUCUGGUCCGUCUCGCGCCGGCUGCUGCAGCUGCUCGGCCACUCGUCGGGCAGCAUGCACGCGAACGGGCUCGAGGCCUUCCUCGACUCGCGCGGCCUGCUCGCCCUCGCCUUUGGAGACUUGCGCUUCGAGAUCCUGGAGCAGACUUGCAAGGCGGACGAGGUCAUCACCACGUGGCAGUGGACCGGCUCGCACAGCGGCGACUACCACACGCGACUCGCGGACGGGUCGUACGCCGCGCUCGCGCCGACGCCAUGGGCGGCGCCUCCUCCGCCUCGCGCCCGCUCACCGCGGGCCUCCCGCUGCGCAGGCAUCGCCGUCGACACGAUCCGCGGCGGCAAGGUCGUGGACCACGUGUGCUUCUGGGACGAGGAGGCGCUGCGGAUGCAGCUGCUCGCGCAAGGGGAGGGCAAGCAGUGGCGGGGCACGCGGCACACGCCCGCGCCCGCCGACGCGGGCCCCGCCACGGUGGCGCUCAAGGGGGAGAUGCAGGCGCACUACCAGCGCAAGGUGCUCUCGCAGCUGGCCUACUGCCGCGGCGAGGGCGUGGCGCUGUGCGAGGCGGUGGACGAGGGCGGCGGCGAGGCGCUGCCGGUGAUGCUCUGCUCGGACACCUUCGCGGCGCUGGUCGGGGUGGAGGGCGCGGCUCGCGGCUCUCGAGGAAAGGCUGCCGCGGCGGGGGCGACGGUGCUCAAGGGCAGGCUCGAGCCGCUGCUGCGCUCGCUGCUCGUGCAACCGGAGGAGGAGGCGGACGGCCACUGGUCGACGCCCAACCCCGAGGCGGAGGGGGCUGCCAUCGACCCGCUCGCCGCCAUUCGCGCGGCGCUGCAGGGGCAGCCGUCGACGACGCCGCUGCACGUGCAGUGCGCGGACGGCCGCCACCGCUGCCUGCUGCUCUCGCUCUCGCGGUUCAUCUACGAGUCGAAAGCCUACAUCGCGGCGCUGCUGCAUGACAUGAACUGGCCGCAGGCGCCGCUCGCGGCGCGGCCUCCCAAGAUCGGGGGGCCAGACUUGUGCUCGCUCUACCACCACCGGGCGCGCGCGCCAGCCCCGCGCCCCUCCUUUCGCCGCGCGCCCCGCUCGUGGCUCUGGUUCAACGGGCGCGGUUUCGAGGUUGCGAUGGUGGCGGCGCUGCACUCGCUCAACCUGAUGGUCACGCUCGUCGACAUGGCGGCUGCAGACCAGCCGCUGGUGUGGCUCUCGGGCGGCUUCGAGCGCGUCACGGGCUUCAAGCCGGCGCAGGUGCUCGGCACGAACUGCCGCUUCCUGCAGGCGCCGUCCACGGACCCGCUGUGCGUCGAGCGCAUACGGAGCGCGCUGCGCCGCGAGGCGACCAUCCGCGCAAACAUGUACAACGAGGGCGCCAAGGACUGUUUUUGGAACUCGCUCGCCCUCUACCCGGGCUACCGGCCCGACUCGGACCAGCUGCGCUACUACUUUGGCGUCGGCACGCCCCUCAGCACCGAGCACAUGAAGGCGGUGGCCCGCAUCCUCGUCCUCACCGAGGACGAGGCCACGGGAUCCGUCUUUGCGCCGAUGCCGUUUGCUGGCUGGUCGGGGCAGUCCGACUGCUACUAA